AUGCAGUCAGCGCGCGGAGAGGAGCAAGGGAGAGAGCUACCGGAAAAUCACCAGCGCAUGGCGGACGGGAGGGGGGGGAUGGCGGAAGUGAGCUGGAGUGUCGGGAAUGAGCGGGAAAUCAGGGGAGAGAACAACGACAUGGCGGAAAUCACCAGAGAAGUGGCGGAGGAGAGCCAGGGAUUGGCGGGGGAGAGCAGUAGAACGGGGCGAGGGAGUUUGGAAACGACAGAAGCGAACAAAUCAAGCUACAAUCACACUCCCUCCAAUCACACUCGCGCAGGAAAGCGCAAACGGGUUAUUCCAGGAGACGUGCUGCUAGAGCUGGGUGAAGCGGCACCCACCGGGUUCAAACGGCUGCUGAGCGUCGCGGGCGUGCUGCCUGAAAUUCACCGCCGCCUGCGGCGCAGCAACGCGACCGUGCUCGCCCCCUCGGAUGCGGCCCUAGCAGCCCUGCUGCCCUCGGUUCUCCCCCUGGCGCUGUGGAGACUGGAGGCCUUGGCGCUAUUCCCCAGACAGCGCCAAAACAAUCUGGUAUUCCCAAGAAAAUUAAAGGCCACGCAACAAGGGGCGAGAAGAAGGGAGAGUUCAGCUGCAGGGCUGGGUAUUCGAAACGAGCAGCAGCUGGGUGAAUUGCGGCAGGGUUCGGCCCAACAGCUAGGUUCGGCAGAGAGAAGGGAUGACUCGUCCCAACAGCUAGGUUCGGCAGAGAGAAGGGAGGACUCGUCCCAACAGCAAGGGUCGGCAGAGAGAAGGGAGGUCCUGAGGGAGAUAGCCCUGUGCCAUGUGAUCCCCGCUAGGGUUUCCCUCCUCCAGUGGCGCGGCGAGCACCGAUCGCUGCAGGGCACUCGCCUUAGUCUUGCAUCCUCUGGGCUCCGAUUCAUUGUAUCCAAUGUGCAUGUAUCGAGUGUAGGUGGGUACAGUGUGCCUGUGUCGAAGGUGGAUGCGGGCAGUGUGCUUGAAUCGAAUGGCACUCUAUCCAGUGUGGCUGUAACGGUGGGCGCCACUGUAGUCACGCAACGCUUGGUGGUGUACACUGUAGAGGGGAUUCUGCUGCCACUGCUGCUGGGAGCGAGUGUGAGUAUAGAUGGUACAAAACAGAACAACGAUGCAAGCAGGAGGGAGAGGGGGAGUUGGAGGGAGAGAGGAAGGUGGAAGGACGAUUCCGAUCAAGGGGUUGACGAUCCUGCGGCCGUUGAGAUCAAGAACAUUGAGCAGCCGCUACAGGAGUUUCUGGACAGGCGCAGUGGUGCUCGAGUCAAUUCAAGUUUCUCGGCAACAACCAUCAGUGGCGCUGGUGUUAUGGUUCUAUUGGUCUUGCUGGCUUAUCGAAUUAGAUACAAGAACAUCCUCGCAUUCACGCACUAUAACGUCAACGCGUCACGGUAUAAUCGGCUAAUCGGCUGGAAGAAUGUUGAAACCCGCGGAGCACCAGGUGGCCGGUCAUCGCUUCGAGGAGGGGCGUCAGGGCUCGUUAGUAGACGAUUCAGGGUGCUUCUAUAA